AGUACAAUGACUUCAGUCUCAGACUACACGUUGAUACUUAUCGGCAAGACAGGGUUUGGUAAGAGCGCAACAGGAAACACGAUUAUUGGAGCACACGAGUUCCUUGACAGCGACUCCUGUGAAUCCGUCACAUCUGAAUGUCAGGUUGCACAAGGCGAGAAUUUCGGAUUUCACCUAACCGUCAUUGACACACCUGGGGUUAUGGACACACUUGUCAACAGCGAUGAGGCUAAAGAGAAAACGUGCCAAGCGAUGAUUGACGCCAUCUCUAAAUGCCCCAAAUCUAAAAAACGAGCUCUUUGCCUGGUGCUGAAGUACGGCGAGCGUUUCACUGACGAAAAUAAGAAAUCUUUGUACAUUCUGACACGCGUGUUUGGUGCGGAGUUCCUGGCCAAGUUCUGUGUCAUUAUCUUCACACACGGUGAUUCGUUUGAUGCAAAUAACAAAGGAACGAAGUCUUUUGACGAAUGGUGUCACGAACAAACAUUGGAAAUGGCGCAAUUGUUUAAAGAGUGCAGUAACCGCUGCGUGCUUUUCAGGAACAAAACAGAAAAUGAUGACAUCAAGAAAAAACAAAUUGAAGAGUUGAUUAAACACGUAGAGGACUUGAAGGAAAGUUACACCGAUGAAAAAUUUACAGAAGCUAAAAAGAGACACCAACGUUUAUUUCUUGAAGCGAAUUUGACAAAAAUACUAAAUAUGUUUAAUACAAAGAACCAGAGUUUGCAACAAGAACUCGAUGAAAUAAUACUGAAUGAGAUCAGAAGAGAGAAACUGCAGGAUCUGAAAAAUAAAACAGAGGGAGUUUUAACAGAGAUCGACAAGGACGAUGAUGGCGUUUUCUACGACAUUGGAGAGGUGAGCUUGCUGGAGGACCCAAGGAUGUGUACUCAAAAGAUCAUCAAGAAUUGUGAUGAUCUGCUUCACCUGGAGAAGCUAAAGGCGUUGCAACUAAAAAUACAAAGCGAUGUCAAGUUACUGGAAUCUAAAUGUAUCAAUUGCACCCCCUCUAAAUGCUCAAUAGAAAGUAUGGAAAACCUAGAACAGGAAAUGAAAGAAUUAUUUGGAAAAUACAAUAAAUACGGUUUCGAUUUCUGUAGAGGUGACUUGAUUGAAUUUCAACCGCAUAUCGAUAAAGACAUCGGUGAACUACGCUUGAGUGAAAAGGAAUUAAGCUUCUUUAAUGACGAGAUCGAGAAAUUUAAUCGCCUCGCCAAUGCACUCUGCCGCUUAAGAAAUGGCGUCGUCUUCGAAAAUAACAGAAACGAAAUUCAAGGAAAGACCCGGUCCUUGAGGAGAGAGCUGGACGCUGUGCUGAGCUCAGAGAUAAGCACGGGGACCUUAACUAUACUUAAAGACGAAGCUGAAAGCGUACUGCGGAAAUGGGAAGAAGUCGAAGACAUGGCUGAGAUCUUAGAGCCAUUAAGAGAGGUGCACCGGAGGAUAGAGCAGAAGAUAAAAGACUGCAAGAUCAACCUAAAGGUGGAGAUCAUUUCCGGGGCCGUGUCGGUCGCUUCCGGUGCCGUAGGCGUUGUGGGGGGCGUGGCAGGUUUAAGUAAAAAUGCCGUGGCUAUUGGCGUCAGCAAAGCAGCUCCGGGUGUGGGGAAAACCCUCAUUGCGGGCGGGGACGUGGUCAAAUCAUUAGUGAAGGGGGGCGUAGCAGAGAAAUUAAAACGAAAUGGAUCAAAAAAGAAUACAGAGGAAUGAGACAAAUGUAACAAAAAAGGGUGGGAAAUUAGCAUUAUAAAACAUGAG